AUGAGUAAGAAUAUUAACGAGCUAAGGGAAGCAUUGCAAAAAAAAGCACAAGAGACCUUGAAACUCCAGGAAGAAGCAACCAAAUUCUCUUCGGAAUCCACUGGACGUCGAGAAGGAAGAUCCUCUCCUUCCAGUACCAUAGGGGUUCACGCUAUGACCAGCCCCAAAUCUUUGUCAAGUUCAAACAAGCACAGCAGUACAGUACAGCACACCUCGUUCAAUAUUCCUAGUUCAUACAGUAGCCCUCCUAAGACCCAGCCUUCCAAAACUGAACUGGAGAUCGGGAGCCCGAGAAAAUCAAGUAGUUUUUCUGGAAAAGAGCAGGUGGAGAACAUCUUGGAAGAAUAUGCACAACAAGUCAGAGACUUGCAGAAGAAGCUAAGUGAAAAUACAGAACAACAUGAGCAACAGAAAUUCGCUUUACGGCAAUCGGUUAUUGAGCUGCAGACGAAUCUGGAAAACGCGAUGAGAGAGAAAGAUUCCCUUAAUGAAUUAAGACGAAAGGAAUCUCAAUCACAAGAAGGUCACAACAGCAGGCUGAGGGCCACGGUGGAUGAUUUGCAGACGGCCAGCCUGCUUCAGGAGGAAAUGCUGAAGGAAUCCAGUAGCCAGAUUGAAUAUCUGAAAAAGUUGGUCCAGGGACACGAUGAGGUCUUCGAACAGCUCCGCAAUCUUCUCCUGCAUUACGAUGGUGGCCCAGACCAGAAGACGUAUGGAUACGAAAGCUUUGCCAAUAUCCGCAUCUCCUACCUGCCCGCUGCUUUUGCCAGGAUUCUCCAGGACUUUGAAACAGAGAUGUUGCAUUUGAAAACCAAGUUUGCUCCACUGGAACAGCAAAUGGAUAUGAUGCAAAGAGAAUCACAGUCGAAAACGGAAAUUUUGCUUCAGCAACAUCAGGACAGCAUUGAAAGGCUGAUCGGGGACCACGAACAGGAUUUGGAAGUCCUGAGGGAGGCAGCGAAGGCUUCCCACAGCCACGCCAACAAUAUUCAAAGCCAGAUGGAAAUCAUUCAAGAACAAGCCAAAAAUCAGAAAUCUUUGUAUUUGCGUCAGAUCAGCCAGCUGGAAGGCACGAUAUCCCAACUGCGCUCUGAGCUACGGGAAGGAAUGAGGAUGUCCCAGGACAAGAUAGAAGAUCUGGAGAAGCAGCUGCAUCUGGUUCACUCUGAGAUGACUGAAGCUCAGAUUGAAAGGGAUCAAUACAGCCAAGAAUCUGGAAACUUAGAUGAUGAGGUUCAGCAGUUGUUGGCUGAGCUCCACAAGAAAGACGUAGAGCUGAAUCUGGAAAAGGAGCAGAACAAGAGGCUCUGGGAUCGAGACACCGGGAGCAGCAUCACCAUCGACAAUCUGCGGAGGGAGCUGGACAACAAAAACAUGGAGCUGCAGCGCCUGGACUCCAUCGUGAGGUCCCUGCAGAUGGAGUGUGAAGGACAAAUUCAACGUCAGAUGUCUGCAAUUAAAGAGAGGAACGACAGCCUAGAGAGGGAAUCUUCCAUCCUGGCCCAGCUAAAUUCCACCAAAGAUAAGCUCCACAAAACUGCCCAAGAACUGAGCGAAAGAAAAUUAAGUCUGGACUCGGCAGAGCGGGUCAUCGCCGAUCUCAGGUCUUCCCACCUGGAGAAGGAAAGAGUCAUCGAACACACCAAUGACGAGAUCCAGCAGCUGCGCGGACGGGUGGAUAGCAAACGGCAGGAGUUCCAGCAGCUGAAAAGCGAAAGCGAGCUCCUGCGAAGCGUGCAGUCCGACUGCGAGUCGCUGAAGGUGCAGCUGAUGGAGAAGGAGAAGGUGAUUGAGAUCCUCCAGAAGCAAAUCGAGAGCAUGACCGAGAUCGUAAGCCAACAUGGCCGGACGGCUGGCGCCAUAGAGACGGAGAAGUCUCAGCUCAUAAAAGAAGUCAGCGAGAAGAAGGUCGAAGUCCAAGAACUGAAGAUUUCUCAAGACAAGAAAGAGAGCCAGAUUCGUGAGUUGGAGGCCAGCCUGAGCGACAUGGAAUUAGAAAAGGUGAAACUGAUGAACGUGUGCUCGGAAAGGCUGCGGGCCCUGAAAGAGAUGAAACUGGAGCGAGAAGAACUUGUGAAUGAAAUAAAAGCCAGUCGCAUUGAGCUCUCUGCACUAGCAGAGGAAGCAGAAGUGAUCAAGAAUGACUACCGAGAGAAAAACGAAGAUAUGGAAACGAUUGUGAGCAAACUGAAAAUGCAGCUGAAAUCGGCUCAGAUUGAAUUGGAGCAAACCAGGGCCACUUUGAAGACCAUGGAGGGCUCUGAUGGCCACGCCAUGAAAGUUGCCAUGGGGAUGCAGAAGCAAAUCACAGCCAAACGAGGGCAGAUCGAUGCUUUGCAGAGCAAGAUUAAGUUCUUGGAGGAAGCAAUGACUAACGCAACUAAGGAAAAACAUUACUUGAAAGAGGAGAGGAUCCGAUUAAGUCAAGAGCUGAGCUGCAUGGCUGCUUUGAACAACAAAUUGGCUGGAGAAUUAGAAAUCCUGAAGUCCCAGGAUAAACGUUUAAAAGAUAAACUUCUGACGAUGGAAGCUGCUCUAGAUAAAGCGUCUCUACAGUUUGCGGAGUGCCAGUGCAUCAUCCAGCGGCAGGAACAAGAAAUGAUGCGCUACAAGCUUCAGCACACGUUAGAGGUGAAAGAGCUGCAGGGACCAGGACACACUGUGGGUUCCUCCUCCGUGAAGCAGCGCUAUUCAUCCUUGCCUCACUCGUCCAGUGCGCCAUCAUGUCAAACAUUUGCAGGCCAUAUCUCUCAU